AUGUUUCCUUUCAACCUCCCGCGCAUCUUCGACACCGUCUACUGUGACGAAGCCCCCAAGUCGCGCGCCGCGUCGGCCUUCAGCUCCGUCAAAAAUGCGGUCGCGGUCCCCGAGAGCGAGCUCAAGCGUUGGAGGCGGACGUUCGACGCGAACGCAAAGACCAUGGCGGAUGGACAAAAGUACAUGAACCGCGAGCAGUUCGUGGAGGCCAUCGCCCCGAAGGGUGACCUUAGCAAGAUCGGCCGCUCGUCGUUCGCGACGCUUUUCCGAGUCGCGGACGGGAACAAGCGCGGGCUCGUCUCCUGGGAUGACUUUGUGGUGUUUGAGACCAUCCUGAAGCGGCCGGAUGCGGACUACUGGAUAGCGUUCCAAUAUUUUGACGUAGACGAGUCGGGUACCAUAGACUAUGAUGAGUUCAAGAACGUGUUCAACGCGAACAUCGGCCCGGACGCCAUCCCGUUCGACUUUGACUGCGACUGGGUGAAGCUGUAUCUCGGCAAGAAGAACGGCGCGCACGUCCUUGGCUACAAUGAGUUCACGCAGUUGAUGAAGGGUCUCCAGGGCGAGCGGCUCCGCCAAGCGUUCAAGUACCUCGACAAGGACCAGGACGGGUACAUCCGCCCUGAGCAGUUCAAGAAGAUCAUCUUGGACAUCGCCGGACACAAGUUGUCCGAUGCGGUGAUCGAGAGGCUUCCGACUCUGACGACCCUCACGCCGGGUGGGCGCAUCUCGUAUUCCGAAGUCAUCGCGUUCUACAACGUCAUCCGCGAGAUGGACAUGGUCGAGCGGAUCAUCCGCGAAGCUUCGGCCAAGACCAAGGACAGACGCAUCGACCAGUCUGACUUCCUCAACUACUGCGUGUCCAGCUCGCGCUACUCGCUUUUCACGCCGAUGGAGGCCUCCAUCAUCUUCCACUUCGCGGGCCGCGGAAAUAGCGCGCAGCGUAUCGCCGGCGGUGUCGGGGCGUCGAUGGUGUACCCCAUUGAUCUCGUUAAGGUGAGAUUGCGCCCAGAGGAUUCGCUCGUUUGCUGCGGGACUGAUGGCGAGCGCUGCACCGCCUGGGCUUGUAGACUCGGUGCGAUGCAGAACCAGCGGAGUACGGUGGUCGGGCAGCUGCUCUACAAGAAUAGCCUGGACUGCGUCCGGAAGGUGUUCAGAAAUGAGGGCCUCGUCGGCUUCUACCGUGGUCUCGGACCGCAGCUGAUUGGUGUCGCGCCGGAGAAGGCGAUCAAGCUCACUGUCAAUGACUUCGUGCGGUCCCGUGCCAUGGACCCGGAGACGGGACGGAUUACCUUGCCCUGGGAGCUCUUCGCCGGUGGUUCGGCCGGAGGUUGCCAAGUGGUGUUCACGAACCCGCUCGAGAUUGUGAAAAUCCGUCUCCAAGUGCAGGGCGAGGCGGCUAAGGUGGAAGGAGCUGCGCCCAAAGGCGCUGUCCACAUCAUCCGUCAGCUUGGCCUUCUCGGCCUGUACAAGGGCGCGAGCGCCUGCCUGCUUCGUGACAUCCCGUUCUCGGCGAUCUACUUCCCGGCGUACAACCACCUGAAGAAGGACGUGUUCAACGAGGGUUACAACGGCAAGCAGCUGUCGUUCCUCGAAACACUCACCGCGGCGGCCGCAGCGGGAAUGCCGGCAGCGUAUUUCACGACUCCGGCCGAUGUGGUGAAGACACGGCUGCAGGUCGAGGCGCGUAGCGGGCAGACGCACUACAAGGGGCUCGUGGACGCGUUCGCGAAGAUCUACCGCGAGGAGGGCUUCAAGGCGUUCUUCAAGGGCGGGCCUGCGCGCAUCAUCCGAAGCAGCCCGCAGUUCGGGCCAUCGAGAGAGGUGGAGACGACGCUCACCUCGCAACGCGAAGAUAUGGCUCAGGUCCGGGCGCGCAAUGCCCUGCGCAUUCUGCUCGACGUUCACGGCGAUUUCGGGCGGCGGGCGUAG